AUGGAGGAACCACUUCUCGGAGGAGACAAUUUUAUUGUAGCUCCACUAACAGGAAAUCAAUGGAUCUAUCCUCAGAUACGCAGAUUUCGUCGAUCUAAAAGUUCGCCGGAAAUGAAAGACAUGAGUGGAAACUUACUUCCACGAUCUGAAUUCCCUCUGCGAUCACACCUUCCAAGUUUCAAAACAGUAGCUAUUUUCUUCUUGUUGUACGUGGCAAUAGGUUCUGUAUGCUUUUACUUCCUUAGGGACCAGAUCAAAGGACAGAAAACAAAUGGAAUUCUAGAUUCUGUUUAUUUUUGCAUUGUGACAAUUACCACGGUUGGAUAUGGAGACCUUAUGCCAAGUAGUGUAUCCACAAAACUACUCUCGUGUGUAUUUGCUAUCUCAGGGGUGGCUCUGGUUGGUGUAAUUGUAAGCAAAGCAGCAGAUCACCUAGUAGAGAAGCAGCAAAAAAUGCUUAUUGAUGCAUUAGACAUGCGUCAAGAACUUGGUCGGACUGAAACUCCGGUGGAGAUUGAAUCAGACAGUGUGCAAAUCAAGCGUAUGAUAGACAGUGUGCAGUACAAGUGUUUUGUGACGAUAGUUUUGCUAGUGGUGCUCGUUAUUAUCGGGGCGGUCCUCCUAGCUACGAUCGAGAAAUUAGACCUUGUUGAUGCCUUUUAUUGUGUAUGCUCUACGCUUACGACCUUGGGGUACGGAGAUAAUAGCUUCAGGACCAAAGCCGGGCGCAUUUUUGCUAUAUUUUGGAUUUUGGCAAGCACUCUUUGUUUGGUUAAGUUGUUGUGGUACAUCGCUGAAAUUAACACAGAAAGAAGACACGGAGCAUUCAAGAGGUAUAUUACACAGAGUAAUGCUAUUUAG